GCUGCUGGUGUGAGAUUGUCCUUUUACUUCCUGGCUCUGGCAGCAAGGAGAAGAUCUGAUCGCCUGCUGAGUUCUCUGGGGGAGGAAGGCAGGCAGGCAGGCAGGCAGGGUGACUCCAUCACUCAGAGCACAAGCAUCCAGCCAUCCAUCUGAGUCUGGGCUUGUUCUGACUCCUGAUCAACCCUUCUUGGCUCCUUGGAUGAGUAUCCGUUGUUGUGGCCGUGGGAGAAAGAUAAAGGUGGCUUGUUUCUAAUCUUCCUGAAGAGGAUUUCCAUAGUAACCUGAUGAAGUCGUGCAGUUUAGCUGAGGAUUUUUCUUAACACUUCUAGGAUGAUAUCUGAUAGGUUCACCAGCAAAAUUGUAACUUUCAAAAAUGAAAUUUUGUAUAGGAAGAAACAGAUAAAUUGGAAUUAAAGGUGUGAAUAUUCACUUCCCUUUGGAUGUAUCUGUUUUUAAAGACGAUAUGUUGAUUCAGAAGAUCCAGAGAGAGAAUUGUGAAAUUUAUUUCAUCUAUUCAAUCCAUGGAAUUUUAAGUUACCUCUUCAAGGCAGCAAAUUUUCACAAAGUUGUGUGAUGGAUAUAGCAGUGUGUCUUUGUGCCUGGAAACCUCACAUUGUGGAUUAGUCUGCUAUCAAUUCCAUUUUGGGGGAAGGAUUGGAUGUUAUGGAUUUAUCUUCAGAAAUGAGUAGGCAUGGAAGAAAUCCAUUCAGUCACAAGCUGGAAGAUCAGAAGAAGAUUUACACUGACUGGGCUAAUCAUUAUCUAGCAAAAUCUGGCCACAAACGACUGAUCAAAGAUUUGCAACAGGACAUUGCAGAUGGAGUUCUACUAGCAGAAAUCAUCCAGAUUAUUGCAAAUGAAAAAGUUGAAGAUAUCAAUGAUUUUCCUCGAAGCCAAUCUCAAAUGAUUGAGAAUGUUGAUGUCUGCCUUAGCUUUCUGGCAGCCAGAGGAGUAAAUGUCCAAGGUCUUUCUGCUGAAGAAAUAAGAAAUGGAAAUUUGAAAGCCAUUUUAGGACUGUUUUUCAGUUUGUCUCGUUAUAAACAGCAGCAGCACCAACAACAGCAAUACUAUCAGUCCUUGCUAGAGCUACAGCAACAUAUCUGUCAUUCUCCGAAUCCUCCUGAGAGUGGCCAAUCCAAAAUCCAGCAAGAUAUGCAGUCCAGUCUGACAGCCAGAUAUACAACUCAGUCUAAUCACAGUGGAAUUGCAACCAGUCAAAAAAAGCCUUCUAGGCUUCCUGGGCCUUCAAGGGUGCCAGCUGCAGGCAGCAGUACCAAAGUCCAGGGAGCUUCCAAUUUAAAUCGAAGAAGUCAGAGCUUUAAUAGCAUUGACAAAAACAAACCUCCGCAAUAUGCAAAUGGAAAUGAAAAAGAAUCACCCAAAGGUCCUCACCCAUCUGCAGGUAUAAAUGGAAAUGUACAGCAUCCCACCACCAUUGGGCAGCAGCUGGUCUCUGCCAUCCCCUCUCCAAGUGCCAGCAAGCCUUGGCGCAGCAAAUCAAUGAAUGUCAAACACAGUGCCACCUCUACUAUGCUGUCUGUGAAGCAGCAGAGCCCUGCAACCUCCCCUACGCCACUUGCAGACAGGCUUAAACCACCUCUUACUGAAGCUCCCAAAACACCUUCAUCUGGGCAGAAAUCUAUGUUAGAGAAAUUCAAACUGGUUAACGCUCGGACUGUUUUACGGCCCCCUUUGUCAUCAAAUUCAGGCCCUGCUGAGAGUGGAAAAGAUGAUGAAAAUGUUUUAGAGUGUGGUGAAGUGGAUGGCUUCAGUGGUGGACUCAGUACUGCUGGAUCUACCACCAACAGCCCCAAAAUAUCCCCUAAAUUAACUCCUCCGAAAGCUGGAAACAAAAAUAUCAGCAAUAAAAAGUCUUUGCUGCAGCCAAAGGAUAAAGAAGAAAAGAGCAAAGAUAAAAAUAAAGUUUGCACUGAAAAAGUGGUAAAGGAUGAAAAGGAACAGAUGCCCGAGACACCCACCAAAAAGACCUCAAAAAUUGCAAGCCUGAUCCCCAAGGGGAGCAAAGCAACUUCAGCCAAGAAAGAAAGUUUAAUUCCUUCAUCUAGUGGGAUACCAAAACCUGGUUCAAAAGUACCUACAUCGAAGCAGAAUAGUUCACUAGUAUCUUCAGGAAGUAAAGAGACAGAAAAGUUGAGGAAUGCAAAAGGAAACCAGCCCCUAACUACAGCAAAAUCCCAAGGGAAUGAGAAAACCAAUCUCUCAGCUUCUGAAGGAAAUGAGGGCAGUGCUGGUCUUAAUAGUACAUCAUUUUCUUCUCCUUCAAUGGCUGCAGCCACUGGGCAAGUCCCAGGAAGUGGUGUUGUCCAACUUCCUCAGCAGCAACAAUACAGCCAUCCAAAUACAGCCACUGUAGCACCAUUUAUUUAUAGAGCUCAUUCGGAAAAUGAUAAUUCUUCUAUCCCAUCUUCUGACUCUUGUAUCAGUCCUACAAAAUUGGAUUUGGCAUACAGUAAAACUGCCAAGCAAUGUCUAGAGGAAAUAUCUGGAGAAGAUCCUGAAACAAGAAGAAUGAGAACUGUAAAGAAUAUAGCUGAUCUGAGACAGAACUUGGAAGAAACUAUGUCCAGUCUUAGAGGCACUCAAAUAAGCCACAGCACACUGGAGACAACAUUUGACAGUACUGUGACAACUGAAGUGAAUGGACGAAGCAUUCCUGGCUUAACAAGCCGAUCUUCUCCAGUGACCUGGAGGCUUGGACAAGCUAGUCCUCGACUCCAGGCAGGUGACGCUCCUUCCCUGGGUGGAGGGUACCCUCGCAGUGGUGCUAGUCGCUUCAUCCAUACUGACCCUUCUCGAUUCAUGUACACCACACCUCUUCGUCGUGCAGCCAUCUCUCGUCUUGGGAACAUCCCCCAAAUUGACAUGGGUGAAAAAGGAAAUAGUGACCUGGACAUUUCCUCUGAUGUUGAUGUUGGAGGGUACAUGAGUGAUGGGGACAUUCUUGGGAAGAGCCUUCGAGCUGAUGACAUCAACAGUGGUUACAUGACUGAUGGAGGGCUCAAUCUAUACACAAGAAGCUUGAAUCGAAUUCCUGAUAUAGCUGCCUCUCGAGAUGUCAUACAAAAAGGAAUUCAUGAUGUGACAGUGGAUGCAGACAGUUGGGAUGAUAGCAGUUCCGUUAGCAGUGGCCUCAGUGAUACUUUGGAUAACAUCAGUACAGAUGACCUCAAUACUACAUCAUCGCUGAAGACAGAUUCUGAAAAACGUUCAGUAACUGAUGGAGAACCUUGGGGGAGCAGUGAAGAACUGAAGAAGCCAGAGGAAGAUCUUGAGAGUAAUCUUGACAACAGUGGCAAGUGGAGGAGCCAUCCUCCUGGAUUGCUUGAGGAGGCUGAGAAAGGAGGGCAAAAAGGCUCUCUUCCCAUCUCUCAGACAGGCUCUUGGAGAAGAGGCAUGACUGCACAAGUAGGAGCAACAUCAUCUAGGCACAAAGCAGGAGGAAGUACUAUCAAAACAUCUGGAAAAACAGAUGAUGCCAAAGCUUCUGAAAAAGUAAAAACUCCCCUGAAAGGAGCUUCCAUCCAGCGUUCCCCUUCAGAUGCAGGAAAAAGCAGUGGAGAUGAAGGGAAAAAACCUCCUUCUGGAAUUGGCCGAUCAACAGCCACAGGUUCCUUUGGUUUCAAGAAAACUGGGGUCAGCUCUUCAACAAUAAUCACUGCAAGUGGAGCAACCAUAACAAGUGGCUCGGCAACUUUGGGGAAGAUGCCUAAAUCUGCAGCCAUUGGUGGAAAGUCAAGUGCAGGGAGAAAGACCAGUCUCGAUGGUUCUCAGAAUCAAGAAGAUGGUGUCUUACAUAUGAGUUCAAAGACCACUUUGCAGUAUCGAAGUUUACCACGUCCUUCAAAAUCAAGCACAAGUGGGAUUCCUGGCCGAGGUGGACACAGAUCUAGCACCAGCAGCAUUGACUCUAAUGUCAGCAGCAAGUCUGCUGGUGCUGCUGCCACCAACAAAUUGAGGGAACCUACAAAGAUUGGCUCAGGACGAUCUAGUCCUGUAACCAUCAACCAGAUGGACAAAGAAAAAGAAAAAGUGACAAUAUCUGAUUCUGAGAGUGUAUCCUUGUCUGGUUCUCCCAAAUCAAGUCCAACGUCAGCUAGUGCCUGUGGAACACCAAGUCUCAGACAACCAGGUUCAAAAUAUCCAGAUAUUGCCUCACCUACAUUUAGAAGGUUGUUUGGUGCCAAAGCCAGCGGCAAAGCUGCCACCCCACCAAAUACAGAAGGCGUGAAACCUACAUCUGCCAUGCCCAGCCCUAGUACCACAUUAGCUCGGCAAGGCAGUCUGGAAUCUCCAUCUUCAGGUACAGGUAGCAUGGGCAGUGCAGGUGGGCAGAGUGGAAGCAGUAGCCCCCUCUUCAAUAAGCCCUCGGACUUAAAUACAGAUGUUGUAGGCCUAAGUCACUCCUUGGCUUCAAGUCCAGCUUCAGCCCAUUCUUUCACAUCAGGUGGUCUUGUCUGGGCUGCAAACCUGAGUAGUUCUUCUGCUGGUAGUAAGGAUACACCAAGUUACCAGUCAAUGACUAGCCUCCACACCAGCUCUGAAUCUAUUGAUCUCCCUCUUAGUCAUCAUGGCUCUCUCUCUGGAUUGACCACAAGCACUCAAGAGGUUCAGAGCCUGCUCAUAAGGACUGGAAGUGUCAGAUCUACUCUUUCAGAAAGGGGUUUUCUUUGUUUUAACAGCAUGCAGCUUGACAGAAAUACACUGCCCAAAAAGGGAUUAAGGUAUACUCCAUCUUCUCGUCAGGCUGGUCAAGAGGAAGGGAAAGAGUGGCUGCGUUCACAUUCUACUGGAGGGCUCCAAGACACUGGAAAUCAGUCUCCCCUGGUAUCGCCUACAGCUAUGUCUUCCUCUGCAACUGGCAAAUAUUUCUCUAAUUUAGUAAGUCCAACAAAUUUAUCCCAGUUCAAACUUCCUGGACCUAGUAUGAUGAGGUCAAACAGCAACCCUGCACAAGACUCUUCUUUUGAUCUCUAUGAUGAUUCUCAGCUGUGUGGUAGUGCUACAUCCUUAGAGGACAGACCACGUGCAAUUAGUCAUUCUGGUUCAUUCAGAGAUAGCAUGGAAGAAGUACAUGGAUCCUCAUUAUCACUAGUUUCCAGCACUUCUUCUCUUUAUUCCACAGCUGAAGAAAAGGCACAUUCAGAGCAAAUUCAUAAAUUACGACGGGAACUGGUUGCAUCUCAGGAAAAAGUGGCCACCCUAACAUCACAACUAUCAGCAAAUGCCCAUCUUGUAGCUGCAUUUGAAAAAAGCUUAGGGAAUAUGACAGGCCGGUUGCAAAGCCUAACAAUGACAGCUGAACAAAAGGAAUCAGAACUCAUAGAACUACGGGAAACCAUUGAAAUGCUGAAAGCUCAGAACUCGGCUGCCCAGGCUGCUAUUCAAGGAGCUCUGAAUGGCCCUGACCACACUCACAGAGAUUUGCGAAUAAGGCGACAACAUUCAUCUGAAAGUGUUGCCAGCAUCAAUAGUGGUACAAGCCAUUCAAGCAUGGGUAGCAGCAAUGAUGCUGAGUCUAAAAAAAAGAAAAAGAAAAAUUGGGUGAACUCUAGAGGAAGUGAGCUAAGGAGUUCAUUCAAACAAGCUUUUGGAAAGAAGAAGUCUUCAAAACAUCCUUCCUCCCAUUCUGACAUAGAAGAAGUCACAGAUUCAUCUCUACCAUCCUCACCUAAAUUACCUCAUGGUGCUGGAGACUGUGGAUCUACUUCAAUCAGGCCAUCCCAAUCAACUUCACUGAUUUGUGAAUGCACAGAAGCAGAAGCAGAAAUAAUUCUUCAGCUAAAAAAUGAGCUCAGGGAGAAAGAGCUCAAGCUUACAGAUAUUCGUCUUGAAGCCCUCAGUUCUGCCCAUCAUCUUGACCAAAUUCGGGAAGCCAUGAACCGCAUGCAGAAUGAAAUUGAGAUUUUGAAAGCUGAGAAUGAUCGUUUGAAGGCUGAGACUGGAAACACUAGCAAAUCUAUCAGGCCAUGUUCAGAGUCCUCAAGCAGCACAUCUUCUUCCUCUUCGCGACAAUCUCUAGGUCUCUCUCUGAAUAACUUAAACAUCGCAGAUUCAGUUACAUCUGAUAUUUUACUGGAAGAUGUUGCAGAUGGAACUCUCCAUAAAGAAGGCCAGAAUGUUAAGAUUAUUGUCACAAUAAACAAGGGCUACGGUCGAUCAAAGGACCAAAGAAUACAGGCAUAUUUGAUAGGUUCUAUCAGGGUCAGUGGUAAAACAAAAUGGGAUGUAUUAGAUGGUGUAAUUAAACGACUCUUUAAGGAAUAUGUUUUCCGAGUAGAUCCAACUACUAGCCUUGGUUUGAGCUCAGAUUGUAUAGCUAAUUAUUGUGUAGGUGAUAUAAUUAGAGCACAUAACCAAGAAGUACCUGAAUUGCUACCUUGUGGAUAUCUGGUUGGAGAUAAUAACAUAAUCACAGUGAAUCUUAAAGGAGUAGAAGAAAAUAGUUUGGAUAGCUUUGUGUUUGAUACAUUAAUUCCUAAACCAAUUAGUCAACAAUACUUUAAUUUACUGAUGGAGCACCACAGGAUUAUCCUAUCAGGACCUAGUGGCACUGGAAAGACCUAUUUAGCCAACAAGCUUGCUGAAUAUCUGAUAACUAAAUCUGGCCGGAAAAAAAUGGAAGAUGCCAUUAUUAGUUUUACUGUUGAUCACAAAUCAAGCAAGGAUGUUCAACAAUAUCUUGUUAAUUUGGCUGAACAGUGCAAUGCUGAUAAUAGUAGUUCUGACCUUCCUGUGGUAAUAAUUCUUGACAACCUGCACCAUGUUGAUUCUUUGAGUGACAUCUUCAACGGUUUUCUUAACUGUAAAUAUAACAAAUGUCCCUACAUUAUUGGAACGAUGAACCAGGGAAUUUCAUCAUCACCUAAUCUAGAACUGCAUCAAAACUUCAGAUGGGUGCUGUGUGCUAAUCACACAGAGCCCAUUAAAGGGCUGUUAUCCAGAUAUUUGAGAAGGAAACUGAUUGAAACAGAGCUGGAGAAGAAUACCCGCAAUAAUGAUCUCAUCAAAAUUAUUGACUGGAUUCCCAAGACAUGGCAUCAUCUCAACAGCUUCUUAGAAACACACAGUUCUUCUGAUAUAACCAUUGGUCCUCGCCUUUUUCUACCUUGUCCUAUUGAUGUUGAUGGUUCUAGAGUAUGGUUUACUGAUCUCUGGAAUUAUUCUUUGGUGCCAUAUAUAAUGGAAGCUGUGAGAGAAGGACUUCAGAUGUAUGGUAAACGUGCACCUUGGGAAGACCCCUCAAAGUGGAUAGCAGAGACUUGUCCAUGGAGUACACUGCAACAUGAUUGGUCAUCAUUACUUCAGUUAAGACCUGAAGAUGUUGGUUAUGAAGGUUAUCCAUCUGCCAAAGAAGGAACCACUUCAAAGCACAUUCCACAAAUGGAAGCAGAAGGAGAUCCUUUGAUGAACAUGCUAUUGAGGCUCAAAGAAGCUGCCACUUACUCAAGUGCCCAGAGCUGUGACAGUGAUACUGUCAGCCACCAUGAUGAUAUGCUGGACCCUUCACUUGAAUCAACGCUCUAAAGGGGGAAUGACUUUGGUUAGAGGAUGCUGAUAAACCUAUACUGCAUUAAGACUGCUGAAGUGGCGUGUAUGUGUGCUGAAAGGCAUGUGCGUGCUGUGUUGUAUAUGGAGACACCUGAUUUAAGCAGUAAGCAAAUCAGAAAUGAAAGUUGGAUUUGUCCAGUGUCAAGUGGAAAGAGCCUUUAACAGGGAAACUAUGAAGCAGAGUGCACCCAUAAUAGUCAAACUCGAAUCACGUAGAGUCUUUUAUUUUCUAUCCCUGUCUUGAAAGGUUACAGUGAAAGUGUUUUAUGUGAUACUUCAGUAUACUUGGAGGUGCUGCAUUCAUAGUUCUCCUGCUCCUCCUCUUCCUCCUCUAACCUCUGUGGUGCCUCAUAGCACAUAUUCCAGAUUGCAAUGAUGUUCAAAUAAUAUUCUGCUCUCCUUUCCAAAACGAGGUGGAUGCAAAAUAAAAUUAAAAAAAUGAGAGGGUGUAUAGAUUCAAUAAGCACAAAACAGUAUUGUGCAAUUAACUUAUACAAACAAUACUGUGAUAUGCUGGAUAAGUGCCAAUUUGAUACUAAACUGCCAUAUUUGCAGUGAUGUGGUUCACCAACUUUUUUUUUUCAUCUGUGUGUGUGUGUGUGUGUGUGUGUGUGUGUGUUGAAAAAAAGUCACCCGUUUUUAUAUCCAAAUUGUUUUUAACCACAGUGGUAUUUUUUAAACACCUGCCCACCUCUUAAGGUUGUUGUUGUUGUUGUUAGACAAUUCUGAAGCUGACUAAAGGUUUUGGUUAGGGCUUUGUUUUGAGUCUUUUGGGUGGGGGAAAAAGAUCAUUUCCUAUGGUGCUGUCUCAUUGCCUUAAAUCCGAUUUCUAGACAAUGUUAUACUUGGUUUAAUUUGUUUAAACCAUUGGUUAUUUACAGUUUCCUUUCUUCAUUUUACUAAUGAGAGAGCAUCAGCGAGCACAGUAGCCUUGUGUUUAUAUAUCAAGUUUUUUUAAUUAGGUGGCUAGAAGGAUGAAUUAUUAAUAUAGAUAUAUUAUUUUUAAUCUUCUGUGAAUCAAUGACCUAUCAUCCUAAACCAUUCAAGUGACCCAGAAGCUACUCCUAGUUAACUAUGAAUGAAAACAAAACUAAAAAGUCCAACAUAGUUAUUUUCUAUCCCAUUUGGAAAAGAACGUAUUAAGACAAAAACAGAGAUGUGUGACAUUUUAUCCAGCAGAGCUGGGUAUGCACCUGAGUUAGCAUGAGCACAAACCGUUCUUGGUUUUCGUCCCUUCUCUUCCUUCCCCCAUUUGGAGCAUGCUAUUUUCAUUGCAGUUGUACAUGAAGAAAGUCAGCAUUACAAAAACAUUGACACAGUGCUAUUCACUGUGCAAGACAGAAAUGUUUUUACAGUAAGAGGGGAAGGUGUGGGGGUGAUUUUGCACAGUUUAUUGGGAGGGUAUUGUAAAUACUGAAAAUAAAAAGUGUUGCACAAAUGAAAGGAAACAAAACAGUGACAGCAGCAAAAAUAUAAAAUUAUACUUUAUUAUAUCAAUGUGAAAAAAUGUUUCAUUUAUGGAGAAUACCUGUAUGUUGUAAACAAAGCAAGAGGGCAAUCUGUACAAUCUGUUUUAAAAGAAGACAGAAAAAUCAGGUAUGUUUGUCCUGUACUUAGAACUGCCAUCACAAGUCCUGAGCUAUCCUUGCUACAAUUAACAUUUGCACUCUUUAAACCAAUCUAACUUUAUAGAAAAAAAUAGACAUUAUCUGUCCUGGCAAGAUACACCAGACUGAACGAAAACCUAAUCAGAGUAAUUGGAGAUAUUGGUUAAAAUUAACAUAAAAUAUUUAAGGGCUAUAGCAUUCUGUAGGCAUGUAUUUCAACCCCUAUCUUGAAAGGGCUCAUAUGGAGCAUGUUCACUCAUAACCAUAGGACAUGUGCCAAUGAAGUGCUUUCAGGAUACACAUAACCAAUGGAUAACUUCAGGAUAUGUAACUGGUGCUACUAAUUCCUGCAACAAUAUAUUUUGCAAAACAAAUAUCAAAAAAAAAUCAAUGCAGUUUUCCUUGUUGCAUCAGCUGUAGGUCUCCUGCAUGGUGCUAUUGCCCUAAUAAGAAAGUCUGCUUUUAUGCACAAAAAAAAUGUACUCAGACUGAUUUCCAGCAGUAAAUAUUAGUUGACUGUCUCAUAUUGUUAACAGCAUGCCACUCUGGAAAAUGACUAAAACAAAAGCUGUCCCUGAUGAUUGAUGUAGUCUGAAACAACAUCUAAGCCCAGGAACUCCUGCCAUUUUCAAUACACUUACACACAUCCUGUAUGUAUAUACUACAUAAUACAAUUUUCCCUGCAAUACAUUUCAGUGAAUCCACCUAGUUUACAACUUUAACAAAUUUGUUUGUGAAGCAUUUGUCUGUAUACAUUUUAUAUUUUGUACAUUUUUAAUGUAACAUAUUGUGUAAAUAGACAGAAACAGUGAGAUAAAUCAUCUGAAAAGUUUUGUAGUCUUUGUAAAGCCCUAAUAAUAAGUAUUUGGUGUCAUCAGACUUAACUGGAUGAUGUAUUUUAUAUUGAUUUAUUGUUCUUCUAGCUUGUAAACCAGCUUGCAUAUAUUUUUUGCAGGUGUGCACACUGUAUCUGUCUAAAUUAUUACUUUGCCAUUAAAGUGGAAUUAUUUAUU